GACACGUUACACUUCCACGCUCCAAAGUCCAUACCCAUCAGCCUCAAACGAACGACCUCGAGCCAGCCCGCGACCGACCGACGCAGCUCCUGCGGGACGGCGGGAGCAAGCCUCCCUCCGCCAUGGCGGGAAGGCUGGUGUCCAUGCUCCGGUGGCCGCCGGACCUCGGCGGGCUGCCCAGCCAGCUGUCCGCGCUGCUGCCUUCGUCGCCGCCGAUACAGACACCGUCGUCGUCGUCCUACUACGCGUUCCUCCAGGAGCGGCUGCAGUGGGACUGGGGGCCGGAGCAGCUCGGCGCGGCGGUGCGGCGGUGGCCCGAGCUAGUCCCGGACGUGCCCUUCGUCGUGGACGCCGUGCUCUGGGGCUUCAUCACCGCCGUCGAGUCCGUCGCGCUCGUCUCCAUGAUGUGCUGCUUCUUCCUCUUCUGCGGCUGCACGCUGUGACAAGCCCCACGAGAGCAUAGGAGGAUGCCAUGCCACUAAGCUAGUACUAGUAUGUAUGGUUAGUUUUAUUAUUUGGAUUCUUUCUUUCUCGAUAUGCUUUGUUCAUGAUACGUUGAUUCUGCUAAGAUAUUUGGCCAUGGUAAUUCGGUAUGUGUUAGUGGUAA